AUGAACUAUCGCGGCCAGCGCUAUCAAACCAUCUGGUACGAGGCGGACCACGAUACACCACAAGACUCAGCCACAGGUUCGGUUUGGAUUAUUGACCAGACGCUGCUGCCUGGUCAGUUUGAAAAGGUUCAGUUGUGCUGCCUUGAAGAUGCCAUCUGCGCCAUCGCCGAAAUGCAGGUUCGUGGCGCACCGCUAAUAGGUGCAACGGCGGCAUUUGGCCUGAUGCUGCAGAUGCGAGCCGACCCUAGUGAUAGCGCCUUGGUUCAGUCGGCCAGCGCGUUGGUCGGUGCCCGGCCAACGGCUAUCAACCUGGCCUGGGCGGUGACCCGAAUGGGCGAGCACUUAAGUCCACUGGAUCCGUCGCAGCGAGCGCAGGCUGCGCUCGAGCUAAGUCUAGAAAUUUGCCGCGAGGAUGCGCAGCUGUGCUCUAACAUCGGCGAUCACGGCCUGGCGCUAAUCCAGCACAUUGCGCAGCAGCGCCCAGGACCAGUCAACAUCUUGACUCACUGCAACGCCGGCGCGCUCGCAACACUGGACUUCGGUACCGCCACCGCACCCAUUUAUAAGGCCUUUGACCAGGGCAUCGAUGUUCACGUGUGGGUUGACGAGACCCGUCCUCGCAAUCAAGGCGGCGCCUUGACUGCCUGGGAACUGGGUGCCCAUGGUGUUCCCACCGUCAUUGUCGACAACGCUGGCGGCCACCUGAUGCAACAGGGGCUGGUUGACCUGUGUUUUGUUGGCACUGACCGAACCGUUGCCAAUGGCGACGUCUGCAACAAAAUUGGCACCUACCUCAAGGCCCUGGCAGCAUUUGACAACCACGUGCCGUUUUACGUCUGCGCACCCUCGCCGUCCAUCGACUGGCAGCUAAACGAGGGGCUCAAACAAAUCCCCAUUGAGCAACGCAGCAUGGAUGAAGUGCGUUACGUGCAGGGAUUGGAUGUGGAUGGCAAUAUCACCAAGGUUGACGUCGUCGCCACUGGCAGUGCCGUGCGCAACGACGCGUUUGACGUCACGCCGGCUCGUCUGGUUACCGGUAUCGUUACCGAGCGAGGCAUUUGCGAGGCCUCAACCCAGGGUCUGGCCCACCUAUUUCCCGACCUGGCGUCAGCACCCGCCGUCACCGCAGACUCGGGUUUGGCUCGUUGA